UAGAGUUUCACUUUGGCCUGAGUCUAGCUAAGAGGUGACAUCAGACCUAGCAGACACAGUUUGCAUCAAUCAGGCCCAGGCCUCCAACACAGAAGCGUGUGGAUCCACAAUCUCUAGAGAAGGAGCCGCUUGGAGUGUAAGAGGGCAGUGUUCUACCCCCUCCCACCCACCUCCUUUAGUUGUUGAAAUCAUGGUUAAUUGCCAAGUCUCAGUGCAGAUGUCAUCCCUGAAGCCUCUGUCCACCCCCAGACCCCUCCUGUGUACUCUAGUAGUACCUCUGCUGCAGCAAUUACAAGUUUGGUUUGUCUUCUAGUUCAUUCAUACAGGGCUGGUCAAGAGGAAGGACCACAUGAUGAAUUGUGUACCUCAAAGUCUUCCCCAACAAUGUGGGAGCUCCUCCAUAGCUCAGUGCUAUUCAGGCCUUCCUUCACUCAUUCGUUCAUUCAGUCAUUAUUGAGCACCUACCAUGUGUCAGGCAUUAGCUAGACUGCCUGAACGCAGUGGUGAAUAUAGCCGCCUCAAUCCUUUCCCUCUUUCGUAUUCUUACAUUCCCUGUAGCCCAGCCCACUGUCUAGCCCAAAGCCUCACACAGUAGGGUUGAGGAAUGGCAAUCUAAUUGGAAAGCUGCCUUUGCAUAGCAAACAUUAUCUUAGCUUACCUUCUAGACUACCGAUGAAAAAAACAUUUUCUCAAGAUGCCUCGUCUACAUUUUAUGUGACAGAAAGAUAUUUGACCAUACGAAAUAUUUUUUUAGACAUGUGGGGUGACCCCGGGGGCCGGAUGGAGAAUCUGGAGUACUAAGGUGCCAGCCACUUGGCUGGACCAACGCUGGCGGGAGGGGGCUAGCGACGCAGCCCGCGGGCCCCGCCCGCCUCGGCCCCGCCCCCGGCUGCCGCCCCGGCCCCGCCCCCGCUCUCCAUAGUUACGGCGCUGCGGAGGCGGCGGCCAUCUUGGCGGCGGAGCGAUGAGCCGGUCGAACUCGAAGGCGGCGACCGUGGGGUCGGCGGCUGGGCCCGGGGGGCUGGUGACUGGCAAGGAGGAGAAGAAGAAGGCGGGCGGCGGCGUCCUGAACAGGCUUAAGGCGCGGCGGCAGGCGCCCCACCAAGCGGCCGACGACGGCAUCGGGGCAGCGGUCACGGAGCAGGAGCUGCUGGCUCUGGACACCAUCCGGCCCGAGCACGUCCUGCGCCUCAGCCGGGUCACCGAGAAUUAUUUAUGUAAACCCGAAGACAACGUCUACAGCAUCGAUUUCACCCGCUUCAAAAUUCGAGAUCUGGAGACAGGGACAGUGCUUUUUGAGAUUGCCAAACCUUGCGUUUCAGACCAGGAGGAAGAGGAGGAGGAGGAGGAGGAGGCAGGCGGAGAUGUGGAUGUCAGCGCGGGCCGCUUCGUGCGCUAUCAGUUCACACCAGCGUUUCUGCGCCUCCGCACCGUGGGUGCCACGGUGGAGUUCACGGUGGGAGACAAACCUGUGUCAAACUUCCGGAUGAUCGAGCGGCACUAUUUCCGGGAACGCCUGCUGAAAAACUUUGACUUUGAUUUUGGCUUCUGCAUCCCCAGCAGUAGGAACACUUGUGAACAUAUCUAUGAGUUUCCCCAGCUUUCUGAGGAUGUCAUUCGUCUGAUGAUUGAAAAUCCCUAUGAGACCCGUUCUGACAGCUUCUACUUUGUCGACAACAAGCUGAUAAUGCACAACAAGGCAGACUAUGCCUAUAACGGGGGCCAGUAGCUGCGGCAGGAGCAGACGGGGAGGUGCUUUGCUGUGGCCCAAGGUCCUGGCGCACAGAGGUGGCUGAAGCUGCUGUCAACACACAUCUGGAACCUGACCCCAGGAAGCCGAGGCCGGGGUGGCAGUUUCCUGUGCUCCAAGAGAGGUGCCAAGCAGUGCUGUGUUUCCUUCCCCAGUAUUUUUUUCUUCCCUUUUUCCCGUGCCCCUUAGGUCACAGAGAUACUAUAGGAAAACUUAGGAUAAGACUCCUGGAAUCCAGAUAAAAAAAGAAGGUUUAUUUUCAUGUAGUCAUGGCUCCUCUGGAUUGUCCUGAUAAGCCUGGGUCUCUCCGGGCACAGCUGUGCCCGGGAGAGAAGGCUCUUCUGUAGGCUCAGGGGCGCUGUGGGAAGCCGAGGCCCCUGCCUCGCCUGCGGGGUCGCCAUCAGCACACUCUGACCUCAGCCUGUGCUUCAUCCUAAACCAACUGGAGAGAAUGUUGAAGGGGGCGGAGGGAAGGGGUGGUGCCCGGAGUCGAGGCACUGGGAUGGGCGAGGCUGCCAAGCUAAAGGAGCCAUCUUAUGCGGGGGCUGCUGUCUGUCUGACUUCCAGGAUCCUCAGCUGGUCCUCCCGGGGCUCCACUGAGGUUUCAGCUUGGUAGUGCCUUCCCACUCUCCUUCCAGAGGAAAGGUGAGCUUGCUCUGUUUCUUCUGGCUCCUAACUUUUGAGUCUCUCCUGAAAUAGAAUGUGUCAGUUUUGCUCUUGGAACUGUAGUAUCUCUUAAGGCCAGAGCAGGCCUCACUGUAUUUUGGUUUUUUAUUCCUAGGCUUCUUGUGGGGAGCUUUGAUAAAACAUCAGUGGCAUUCGCAGCAUGUGUAAUGUGUGGCUAGACUUCUGAUUGUAUAGUCAGGCUCCCGGCACUAACCUGGCUCAAGUCCUUCCUGCUUUUGUACUGAAGUAGUUCCUGGAACCAUCCUGGCAGGUCAGACCUAAGUAAUGCGUAUUCUGGUCCUUUGGGCUGCCAGUUGGAAUGGUUUCAGGUGUUCGGAAAGGGGGAAAUUGGCUGAGGUGGCCUAUCUGAGAGACAUGUUCUCAAAAGAGUUUUCGUACACAUCCCUCAGGCUCUCAUGGGAUGAACUCUCCCCGCCUCAGCUCCCUACCAUUGUCUGACUGUGUGGGUGGAUUUAGGUGCUCAGGCCAAACUCCUGAUCCUCUGAUGAGAUUGUUGCUGUGGCCAGGAUUUAGCAUUGCUAGAAAGGUCGCCGUAGGAAGGGCCCAGGUACAUGAUAUCCGUGACAGGAGAGCUGUCUCCCUAGGUGCUUGGGAGAAAGGCCGGGUGGGGCCCGGGAGAGAAGGGCCAGUGCUUUGCCACAGAUGUCGCUGUGCUUUCACUGACCAGUGUUGCUCCCUGUUUGGAUUCUAGAGCGUGAGUGGCCUUGAACCUUGUCCAGUGCUUUGUGCCAGGCCAGAGUCUGGGCUGUGCCAGAUACUGGCAGCUUUCUCACUGAGAAAACCCUGGUUAGUCCUGUGUGCUGGCACUGGCCCAACCCCCGAGGGAGGAAGAGACCAAGCUCCCUGCAGGGUGGGCUUCUCAUCCCCAGACCGAGUGAAUCCCAAAACUGGAGUCGGCUGCAAAUCCAGGUGCCUUAUGUGUGGCUCCAUCCCAUAUGCUGCCGGACAGACAGCAGCACUGCCUCUUCACCUUCUCUUUCUCACUGGGGCUCCUUCAACAGAUUUGUGUUCAUUGAGCUUCAGAAUAACCCCUUUUUCUCUGUGAUAGGAGCCCAGUCGGGAGAGUUUUUCUGCUAUUUGAUGUUUAAUUAUUAUCUAGGAUGUGGUUUCUGGAGCUGCCCAGAACUGUGCUCAGUAGAGCGUGUCUUGGAAAUGUGUCCCAGGCAGACCGCAGCUGGUAGGCUAGUGGGCUUUCUCUUACCUGCAGUGUUAGCUGUUGCUGGGAAGAGGGCCAGGAGGGCGGAGGAGGCAGGCAUUCUGGCUUGAAUAGUGCUGUAGUCUCUUCACAAGAGCUUGCCUUAGUCUCACUGGAGACCAUUUUGAGGCCAAGUGCUCGGUGUGUGCCCAACAGCAUAGGGAUUUGCUGUCUUCCUCUCCAGAAGGUCUGGUGUUCUGGACCUGAGACUCGGGGUUCUCGUGUCUAGCUACUCAGGAAAUCUUGAGAAGCAUUACCACUCUGGGGUUUUAAGUAGGGUUAGUCUGAAAUUGAAGCUUUUGUGCUCAAACUGGGGAGAGAAUUGGAAAUCAUACUUUUUCUGUGCAGUAAGUAGCUGCACUCAUCAGAAGUGAAAUUAGAAGGCCAUGUUGUUAAGGCAUCUGGACUACUGGUAGCAGUUACCUGUGGGCAAUACACUGGGAGAAAGAAGCCUACCUGCCUGGGGGGACCAUGCCCUCUGUUCAGAGCUGGUACCUGAGAGGCAGCUCCUGAAGGGAACACAUUCCAGCAGACGGGCAGGCCCAGCUGGCUCUGGGGGGCCUGCUGCCUGCACCCCUCCCUCUCCUGUCUUGCUCCUGUCCCUCUGCCCUGGAGUCUCCUGGGAGAGCGCCUCUCUUUUCCUAUGGAGCCUUUGGGCUAAGAUGCCCUUUUAGCUUCUGCAAAGAAGAUCCUGGUUUAUUUUAUUCUAUGGUUUAAAGAGUAAACAGGAAAUAACUAAAAGUAGUUCUGGGAUAAAGUAGGUCAUCCUCUUUUCACGUGUUAGCUCAGAGCUAUCUUGCAGGGAAAGCAGUUUUCAGGGCCAUGUAGGCUUUCCUGAAGACACUCACAGUCUUUGGGCCAUCUGAUUCUCACGUGGGGCAGUGAUUUGGGGAUGUUGGGGCUAUCCGUAGAUUGGAGAUUCUUGACAUGGCAGUAGCUGGGGGAAUCUUCAUCUUGUUUUCUCAGUUGAAGUGGGACGCAUGUCUGGAAUGGACUUAACAGGCCGUGUCUAAUGUACUAAUUGGAUGAGUCUUACUUUACUGUAUCUUGCCAGCCUUGAUAGGCUCCCAGGGUACUCCUUUUUUUCUCUGUAAAGUCACUUUCUUCUGGUGGCCAUUGUCACUAUGAUGUCAUUGAGGUUGGGGAAUGGGGAUAGUUCUCAGAAUCACAGCACAGACUCAUCUGUGCGUGAGGCUCCCUGACUCAGAGGGCGCUGCUGUCCCUGGUGCAGGAGCCCAAUCCUUGAAUCAUCAUGUUUCUCAACAUUCCACAUCACAGAACAUCUUGAGGCAUAAGAAGGAUCUGGUGGAGGUGGAUUUACCCCUUGUUGUACAAAGGAUCAUGUAAAGUCAUUGAACUUGUGAAAGUCUAUUUUUUUUCCCUAUAUAUCUAUUUUUCACAGAAUAUAAGAAAUGUUAAUGACCUGAUCUAUCCUCCUUCCCCUUUCCCCUUCACCUAAGAUCCUCAUUCCAGUUUGUAUUGUCUUUGUGUCCAAAGUAAACUAGGUGACUUAUUUGUAUAAAAUGUUAUUUUGCAAGAGACAGUAAUAAAAGAAAGAUUUUCACAGUAUGUGUACACCCGCUCUUGUUUCCUGACUGGGCCCCUUGUGUCUUGGGGGGAGCAGGUAUGGAGUUGGGGGUGGGCUCUGAGUGUCUUUAUGUGGCCUCUCUGUAAAUAUUGGUUUAAUGAGUACAGCUGGUUUCUAGGGUGAUGAGGGCACAGUAUUGUGCUUUAGGCUUAGUAUUUUUUGCUUUACAUUUUGAUGGAAUGCUUUGAGAAUUAAAAAUGUAUAUACAUGUUUUUGAAACACAUUCAUUAAGGUAUGUGGGGUUUUUUUU